GAAACAUGAAGAUUGUGUCAAUUCUUGACUCCGUCUUGAUGAGAUUUAUCGCACCAAAAAGACGCAGCACGCCUUUGUCGAAACUUUCCCACAUACAAAGUCGUGCGAAUAUCAGUCAGCGGUUGCUUUCGACAAAAGGUUUCCUCCGACCUCUGUCGGCAAUGAUCAAAUCUCAAUUCAAAUGAUUAGAAUUUUGUGAUGUCCUGCGGCACCCGUUGAAGGUUCUCCAGCCGGCCUCGUUUGCGCGUCUGGGUGAAAUGUCGACGUCGGGAAGAAAACGAGACUGACAAGUGUGCAGCCUAUCAGCAUCCAGGAUCGCCCCGGUGGAAUCGUGUGAAUGGAAAUAACCACAAAGUAAACUCCUCCUCCUCCACCCCCCCGCUCCUUUAAUCCCAGCGCAUCCUUUUGAGCCGAGGAUUGACAGCAGGCGGAGCAGAAUGGAGCCGAUGGGCCGCCACGCAUCCCGCGUCCGCUUAAACCGCCGCAACUCCUUUUCGGACUCGCGUUCCGCGGCGAAGUAGCGCCAAGCAUUUCGGAGCCUCGCCGGAAGCAAAAUGAGUCGACAUUUGUCUUGCGCUUUCUGCGUGGCUUUCGUGGUUUUCCCCCUCAUGACCACUUCGUGCCCUGCGCAGUGCAGCUGCUUCUUCCACAAACUGAGCGACGGUUCCAAAGCCAGAAGCGUCCUGUGCAACGAUCCCAAGAUCAGCGUCAUCCCGACAAAUUUCCCCCCGGACACCUCCAAGAUACGCAUCGAGAAGACGGCCGUCACGAGGAUCGCGAGCGGCAACUUCGGCUACCUGGGCAGCAUGGAGUUUCUGUGGAUGUCUUUCAAUGCCCUGAGCUCUCUCAGCGCAGAGAGCUUCCGGGGUCUCGCAAACCUGAACGAGCUGAGACUGGACGGGAACGCCCUCACCUGGUUCCCGUGGGAGUCUCUGAGCUCCAUGCCCAAUCUGAGGCUGCUCGACCUGCACAACAACAAGAUCUCCAGCGUGCCCGCCGAGGCCCUCGCGUACGUCCAAAACAUCACCUAUCUGGAUUUAUCCAGCAACACUCUCACCACCGUCCCCGCGAACGUCCUCUCGCUUUGGCUAAGCGUGAAAGCGCCUCAGGAUGCGGAUUCCUCCAAAUUUAUUCUUGGUCUCCACGACAACCCCUGGUUAUGCGACUGCCGCCUUUACGAUUUGGUCCAGUUCCAGAAAUCGCCGAGGUCAUCAGUCGCUCUGAUCGACCCCAGGCUGCGGUGCGCGGACCCGGAGAGUCUGUCCGGGGUUUUCUUCACGGAAGCGGAGGUCCAGAGGUGCCAGGGCCCCCGCGUGCACACGGCCGUAGCGCGCGUCCGCAGCUCGCUGGGCAACAACGUCCUGCUUCGUUGCGGCACCGUCGGCGUUCCCAUCCCCGAGCUGUCUUGGAACCGCGCCGACGGCAAGAAAAUCAACGGCACCAUUCAGCAGGAGAUCUCAAAGGAAGGCAUCAUUUGGUCCAUUUUGAGCGUGCCCGCAGUCUCCUACAGGGAUUCGGGAAAGUACGUGUGCAAGGCCACCAACUUUGUGGGCAGCGCGGACGCCAUCAUCUCCUUGGUGAUCACGGACGGCUUUCGCUCCGAAGAGGCCGGCGGCGUGGUCGCCAAGAGGCCCAGAGGGAAGAAGCCCGCAAGCGUCGGGAGGGCCGCGUAUCAAGAAAAGCUGGUCGCCAGAUACGUCCCUCCGCCGACCGCCUCGGCGGCGGGCAAGCCCCUCAUCGAAGCCCUCAAUGGCAAAGGCGUCACCGGGAAGUACGAGGUGGAGAGCUACAGCCACUCCUCCGGCUCCCGAGGACGAGGCCGGGGAUCGGCCCUUCGAAAGCCGGAGCGGGUCGCUUCGGGCAACGUGGCGGGCAACGCCUCGUCCUUGCAGCAGGCCCCCGAGAAAAGGAUCGUGCGUUCGGUGAAGGUGAUCGGCGACACCGACCACACGGUGUCGUUGAACUGGCGAGCCCCGACGGCCACAAACGUCACGGAGUUCAGCGUUCUCUACGCCGUCUUUGGCGAGCGCGACAUGCGGCGGAUCAACGUGGGAGCGGGCAAAAAUCGGAUCACCAUCGACGGCCUGGUGCCAAAAACAAAGUACAUCGCUUGCGUUUGCGUCAAGGGCCUGAUCCCGAAAAAGGAGCAGUGCGUCAUCUUCUCGACCGACGAGGCGGCCAGCGCCAGCGGCACCCAGAAACUCAUCAACGUGGUGGUCAUCACGGUCGCCUGCGUCAUCGCCGUGCCCCUCACUCUGAUCGUGUGCUGCGGCGCCAUUAAGAAGCGCUGCCAAAAGCUCCUCGGCCGGCCCUCCAAGGAAAUGCAGGACUCCUAUGUCACCUUUGAGACUCUGGGCCCCGGGGCCAAAACCAAAGGCGUCGAAGGCGAGUACCUUACGCGCUUAAACCCCGACGAGUCCAACAGGCUGCUUUCGGCGAGAUCCAGCGUCGAUUCCGAGGCCAUAACAAGGACUGAGGCGCCACCCAACGAGUAUUUCUGUUAGAACCCGACCGACAUUGGCCUCCACUUCCUGCAGAUGCACUUUGAGAGCGGAGUCGUGAAUCCGGAUGCCUCUUUGAGGGCUCUCCGAAGGACGCUGGCGGCUCAUUUGCCGCCGGAUGACGUCACCGAACCCCCUUGUGGAAGGAAUCCCAAGUCUUGCAUAUGAAAGCAAAAAGGGGAAAUUCUACACCGUGUGCGUGUGUUGUUGACGUUCAUACAGAUGUGUUUUGGGACCUCACGGUUCAUCUUUUCAACCCAAACCACAUUUUGUUAUCCAGCGUAACCUUUGUGGACAUGAAUCGAUUACAUUUAGAAAGCAGCUUGUUGCCCUGCAGCCGCAACUC